UCUAUGAAUGCUUAAAUUAUAUUAAGAAAAGAAAAAAAUAAUAAUUAAGAAUAGUUGAAAAAAAAUUAUUUGAACUUGAACUCAAUGGCCCAAAGGAAAAAAAAAGUGAGAAUUGAAUCUGAUUUUUUAAUAAGCCCAACAGGUCCAAGAGAGAUUUGAUGUGGGCUGGAUCCAAAAAUAAUGACCCAAUAUAGAUUUGUUAUUAAUAUUACUUAAUUGUCCUUAAUAAAACAUGCAAUUUUAGUGAAGGAAAUGGGCAGGCUAAGGUAAUUAUGACAAUAGGAUCCUGCUUUAGUAUAGAUUUUAGAAGAAAAAGUUUGGAAGACAAUAGAUAAAGCCACGGCUGAUAACAAGUCUAGAGUCCCGACAAAAAGUCUAGAAUAUGAAUACAAAUUUAGAAAAAGGUAAGAAUGACAUCACAUGUAAAUUAUUAAGAAAAUGAAAAUUAGUUUCUAAGCUUGCUUCCUUAUUAAAUAGAAUCGACUGUUGAAAACAUUACUGGGCUUUUAGGAACCGGGCUCCCUUAAAAGUCCAUACUAUCCCAUCAAUUAUAGAAGGCCCAUAGUUUAAUGGGUAUAGGGAGAAGCCUUCUUCAUCUGAGGAUUCUGAUGAAGACAGAAGCAGUAGAAAGAACAGCAAGAGGCACAGCAACAAUAAACAUCGUUGAAUUGGUUUCAGGAAACUCACACUGUUUCUUUUUUUCUUUAUCUCAGCCAUUGUUUGCUUUGUGUUGUAACACAAUGAUGAAUUUUAAGAAUCUCCUUUAGUGUUCAGAGCUCGAUAGCUCUUGGAGAAGGUUGUAAACCCACAAGAAAAUUCCAAAAGUAUCCACCUUUACAAGUCUAUCAAUUCUGUUAAGUACAGAUAUAGACAAACUCUGAGUGAAGUCAGAGGCUUGUUUUGCAAAUAUCCAUACAUGAUGCAUGUUUUAUCUUUACAUAUGGAGUUCGACUACUACAGACUCUAAGCUCUCUUUACUCCAGUCUCCUUCCUCCUUCCUCCUUCCUCAAAGACUUAUAUAUGUGGUCUAACUGAGACUCGACCUAGAAAAUAUAUGGAACUCGGCUGCUUCACCUAAUCACCUUGUGUUCAUCUUGUUGAGUUCUAUAUCUUAAUUUGUAUAAUUUAUGUGGUCUAACUGAGACUCGACCUAGAAAAGUUGCUAAUAACUAGUUUGUUUCUCACGCUAUUGCUAAAGAUCUUGAAUUUAUCUCGACACUUAUGCAAUCACUUACGAAAUUCAUUUCUUAUGAGUUACCAUUGGGCGAUUAAGUAUUAGUAAACAUGAAACAUAUGAAUCAGAAAGCCUUUAGUCAAAAAAAAAACAUAUGAUAAUCUUUUAAAUUCAAGUUAGGGAUGGAUUUUAGGUAUUUGGAUCGAUGUCGGGUAGGAUAUGUUUAGUUCUGGAUAAAUUAGAUAUAGAGAAAUUAUAUCUAUUGUAUAUAUGAUCCAGUAAUGUUUCGGUUCAUAUGCGGAUUUUAAAUCUGAAAUAUUAUUUUAUUUUAUUUAUUUAUUUAUUUAUUGUUAUACAAAACUAAUCUGAUAUCAUAUCAUAUCAUAUAUAUAUUUAUAAUAUGAAAAAAUUACAACAUAGUUAAAAUAGUAUAGUGGUACUGGUAAUCUAUGUGUUACUUUACUUGUCGAACAUGGAUUCUACUCUCAAGAAUUUUGAGUACAAUUUUGUAUUUUCUAAACAUGAGUUUAAGUUUAAACGGAUAUCCGAUUGGAUAUGUUGGAUAAAUUGGAUAUAUCCAAGACCAAUCUGAACUAGUUUAUUUCAAGUCAGAUCCGAGGAAUUCACGCGGUUCCGGGUAAAAAUUUCAGCACUAAUUCAAGUCACCAACUUUAACUUUCUCUGCAAUUUUUUUGUUACAAUAUCUUUUUUGAAGAAAUCAUAUAAUGUUUUUGUAGAAAUCAUAUAGUAGUAAUAUUUAAUGCGAUAUAGGCUUGCUUGGUCAAGUGGAUCAGUUCAAGAAUAUUAUGUAUAAAUAUAGUUGCCUAACUAAAUUGAGCGAUAUGCACAAUGACAUCAAAUUCUAUUAUAUCCUUUUAUGGACGCAAUGAUGUAGUUUGCACCCAUAAUUUCCUAUUUUAUAAUGUAGAGUGGCUCGAGGUUGAGAGAUUACGCAAGACUGAACAAUGUUUCUUUUCAUUUUGGUAACACUAUUUUUUUUCUUUCUUAAAAUAGAGAAUUAACAGCAUGAACAAUGUUUCUUUUCAUUUUGGUAACACUAUUUUUUUUCUUUCUUAAAAUAGAGAAUUAACAGCAUGAAAUUUGUUUGACAAAAAAAAAAACAGCAUGAAAUUUCAAAUAAAUUGGAGGAAGUUUUUCUAUUGACACAAACAUACUAUUGCUAAGUUUUACUAAUGCUUAAUAUCAAAAUAGAUUUGUAACAUAUUGACAAGAAUUAAUAUCGCUGGACGCUGGUCAUUUGGAAAUGUAUCCAGGAGUCGAUGAAUAUUUGGCAGAUUUGCAACAUUCAAAAGUUUUAAAUUUGAUCUUAUUUUCUUUGAUUUCGAGAUUUAUUAGUACAGAUUUAAAUUGUUACAAAUAACGCAGGAUAGUAUUGGGAAAAAAUAUCUUAAUUUUGUCAGAAAUAUGAAAAUAUACUAAUUAAAGAAAGAUACGUAAGCGUCAAGCAACCUACUAUAUUUGUCAUGUGUCAUCAACGGAAUAGCGGAUGCCAAAUUAUUUAAGCAAAUUUGGAUGAUGUCGGACAAACAAUGAGUAGUGGACAAUUGGACAUGGUACGUAUACAAAACUCUGACGAAGACGAUAAUUCUUACAAAUAUAUGACGAGUGGCAUACUCGUAAAUAACUUUUAGUACACGUAUGAACGAGGAGAAGCAGAAUAAUAGUUUAUGCUAUCUGCUGCUUCUGACAUUGUGAAUCAACCAUGAAAAGUAAGUAACCAGAAAAAUAAAAAGACCAUCAAAAUAUAUAUUAAAAAAACAACUAAAAGAUAUGUUAAGGGUAUGACUGAAUGACCCUUUUAGAGUAAAUAUUUUGGAGUAAAAUUGUUUUACUCUCUAUUCAACUUUAUUGUUACCAAUCAAGUUGAAUGCAGUGGAAAUAUAUUUCAGCUGAAUAUGGUUGGAAAAGGUGAAAAAUUUCCCACUUGUCACAGCAAAAAGAAAAGGUAUAUGAUCUCCCGCUUUUUACUGUUCAUUUUCUUUUUUUUAUUAAUUUUUAUUUCACCAGUUUACUCUAUUUAUUAGAUUACUUUUACUCUCAUUCUAUCCACUUUAUUUACUCCAAGUUUCGCUACUUUUUACCAAUCACACACUAAGGGUAUGACUGAAUGACCCUUUUGGAGUAAAUAUUUUGGAGUAAAUUUGUUUUACUCUCUAUUCAACUUUAUUGUUACCAAUCAAGUUGAAUGCAGUGGAAAUAUAUUUCAGCUGAAUAUGGUUGGAAAAGGUGAAAAACUUCCCACUUGUCACAGCACAGCAAGAAGAAAAGGUAUAUGAUCUCCCGCUUUUUACUGUUCAUUUUCUUUUUUUUUAUUAAUUUUUAUUUCACCAGUUUACUCUAUUUAUUAGAUUACUUUUACUCUCAUCUAUCCACUUUAUUUACUCCAAGUUUCGCUACUUUUUACCAAUCACACACUAAGUGAUCGUAACCGAGAAAGAUAUGGGUAAUGGAAGAUAUAAGUAAUCAGGCUUUCUAAAUAAGUGGUAUGAUCCACAGAAGUGACGUAAAUGAUGCACGUUUUUACUAUAAUAAAUUUUACUAUUUCGUGAGUUUUAGUCCACUCACUCUCUAUAUUUUUUAUAUUUUUUAUUCUCUUCUUUUUCCUUUGAUUUGCAUUAAUGCCUUCAAUCAUAAUAUAUUCUAUUAUAUGUAGAAUAUAUUACAAGUUUUUUUUUUUGCUAAGAUACAAGUUUCGGUUAAGUCUAUAAAAAAAAGAAUGAAAAACAUUGACAGGAAACAAAAAUGCCAAAGAAAAAAUAAUACUAUCCAAAACCUUUAUUAAUAAAAAAAAUGUAUGCAUUUUAUCCAUAUGUGGUUGUUACAUGGUUGCAACUUGCGAAUUAAAAAAAAAAUUGCAUACAAUAGAGUAAAAAUAAGCAUAGUCAGCUAAAGCAGAAAAAUGGGUGCAUAUCUUCUAUUUUAAAGAUGAUGCAAACCAAAAAUUUGAAGACCUAAAAAUCAUAAACAAGUAAACCAACUAAGUGCAUGUAUAUAUUCAAAAUGUUAGUUGAGUACGUUCGCAUCUAAAGAUAUUUUAUUUUAUAUAUAGAGCUCAUCGGUGAGCAGAUAAGGAUGAUGCAUUUUGAACUAUAUAUUAAUAUAUUUAUUUAUUAUUUUCAUCCGAAAAAGUAGGCUGGGUUACGAAUAUACUUGAGACCACAUUACUUUACAUUCUUAAUUUGUUUUCCAUUUGAAAAUCAUAUGAGAUAAGACACGCACAAAAGAAAAAUCAAAUGGAACAUUACAGUAUAUGCUUUUAAGAUUUGAUAAUUUACUUUAUUAAUAAAAUUGUCAACCAUUUUAAGCAUUAAGAAUAGUCGUCACUGAUCCACGUGCUAACUCUCAAAUACGAAUGCUACUUUAACGAUAUAGCUUACGUGUUUUUUUUCUGAAUGUGGUAAUUUUUGUUCCAUUAACAAUUAUUUUAACGAUAUAGCUGACGUAUGUUCUUUCUGAAUGUGGUAAUUUUGUUUCCAUUAACAAUUAAGAUGGCUUUGCCGUUCUUUAAUGUUUUUUUUUUUGAUAAUCUAAAUUGUUAAAAUUUAAUAAUCUUAACAAUUAAGAUGGCUUUGCCGUGCUUUGCCGUUCUUUAAUGUUGAUAAAAUGAUACAUAUAAAUACAAGAAUCUCAAGAUUUUAGUUCAUACAAUCUAUUAUCAAUAGUGAGUAAACGAGAAUGACAAAAAUAAAGUGAGUAAAAGAGAUGUUGAACUAGAAUAUAAAAAACCGUCUCUUAAUUUUUAACUAAAAAAACUAAGAGCCGGUUCUUAAACUUCAUUUUAAGAACUUUCUAUUAAUCAUGCUUUAAGUAUUUAUGUGGUAGCUUGUAGCUUGGCCAAUGAUUUAGCUUAUUUCAUAUGGAAUGUUACAGAAUCCAGCUUUCUUGGAUAUAUAUAGAGUUACCAUACGACUCGUGACAAAAAUAGUCUAAAUGCAAAAGCUAAAAAUGGUUAUGUUAUUGACCAGAAUCUCCUAUAUCCAUUUCAUUUUCUAACCUUUUUAUAGGAUAAUCUUUUGAAAUUAACGGAGACACCUUUCGAGAUUAUAUAUUUUUUAAUAUAUAGUAUUAAUCUAUAAAUACGGGCAACCUAAGACGAACAACAAACAUCUCCUCGAUCUUAUCCUUAUCUUCUUCCUUGUUCUAUUUCGCUUCUAAUUUCUCUCUAAAGUCGUCCUACAUCUUCUUGUUUAAGUUCUUGAGAUCUUUGUCUGAUAAUUCUAGAGUUAAUACUAAUUGACCAACGAUAAAUGUCAAUGGACAAAGUCAUGAAAUGAUAAAUCUCAACCAAUUCUCUCGUUUCCUCGUUUAUCAUUCCGUAUCUGUCGUGAUUCUUCACUGGUUUUACGUAUUUUCUUGAAACAUUUUUCUCUAGCUAUUUCUUGUUUUUUUUCUCUCUCUCGCAAAGUGUUAGGACAAAACAUGGCAAACGCUGAGAAGACAAGUUCAGGUUCCGACAUAGACGAGAAGAAGAGGAAACGCAAGUUGUCAAACCGCGAAUCUGCUAGGAGAUCACGUCUCAAGAAGCAGAAGAUGAUGGAAGACACGAUCCACGAGAUCUCGACUCUUGAGAGACGAAUCAAAGAGUACAGCGAGAGAUGCAAAGUGGCGAAACGGAGGCUUGACUCGCUCGAAUCGGAAAACGCGGGUUUGAGAUCGGAGAAGACGUGGCUUUCAAGCUACGUUAGAGAUUUAGAGAAUAUGAUGGCUACGACUUCCUUAACGCUGACGCAGAGAGGCGGCGAUGAACAGGAGGCAAACGCGGAUGGAGAUUGUAGGCGUAGACCAUCAUGGCAGCAGUAUGGUUGUGAUUCUCUACAACCAGUUGCGUCUUUCAAGACAUGAGCGUUGUGUGUUUAGUUUGUGUUUUUGUGACCAUUUUAUGAUUUGUAUCUUUCAUAUUGAACUGUUUUCUCCUCUUACAAACUUAACUAUAGAGACUUCGUGGAUUGUUUUUACUUUAUUCUAGACAAAAAAAAUUGGAAAACGCGGAUGGAGAUUGUAGGCGUAGACCAUCAUGGCAGCAGUAUGGUUGUGAUUCUCUACAACCAGUUGCGUCUUUCAAGACAUGAGCGUUGUGUGUUUAGUUUGUGUUUUUGUGACCAUUUUAUGAUUUGUAUCUUUCAUAUUGAACUGUUUUCUCCUCUUACAAACUUAACUAUAGAGACUUCGUGGAUUGUUUUUA